GAUGGUGAAUGAGUGAGGGGGAUGAUGAUGAUGUGUUUUUCUGUGUGCAGAGGCCCCCCUGGAGACAUGAGCAUUUGUUACAUCCUGGAUGGGAUUCUCAUCAUCUACGGCAUCAUUCUCACCAUCCUGUACUGCCGACUGAGGAUGUGUCCAGCCAACAAAACGCCUGCCGGUCAACAUGAGAAGCAGCCCACUGAUGGAGGCAUCUACGCGGGUCUGUACUCUCCCAGCAACGAUACCUACGAGACCAUCCGAAGGGACAAAAAGUCUGUCGUGUGAUGAGAGCAGACUUGGUGCAGAGAGGAAUGCAGGGCACAAAACACACGUUGAGUCUUUUAAACCUUCAUAUGACAAAAGUUGUUUUGACCCGUGGCGGGCCUGUGCAUAGCGUUUUCCAUACAUGUACAAUUUUCUCCCUGUCUUUGUAAAAAAAAAAAAAAAAAAAAUGCUACUUUGAUUCUGUCACGCACGCACGAAACGUUGAAGCCACUCAAAUUAAUUUAAAAAACUGUGUCGAUCAGUUUUCCACCCCGUGUUCAUGUGUUCCUCUUUAAGAAUGUAUAAAUAGAAAUGAAGAUGACUUUCACUUCACGUGAUGUGGAAGAUCGUGAAAUAGCUCAGCCUCACGAAAAGGGCUUGCAACUGAUGACUAUUUUUACCAACAAUUAAUCUGAAUACUUUGUUUUUAUUAUUUCUUGAUUCAUUCUUUGCUGUGUUAAAAAGGUGAGAAAAUGGUGCAAAAAGCCCGUCAGAGUUUCCUAAAGCCCAGGCGACAUCUUCAAAUGUCUAUUCUUCGUAAGACCAGCAGUCCAAAACCCAGAGAUCUUCAGUUUACAAUGAUUUUAAAACAGACAAAAUCAGCUGUUUCUCACAACUAAUAAGCUAGAACUAGGGGUUUUUUUUGUUUUUUUUGUUUUGUUUUGAAUGUGCAGUGGUUUUAGGGGCUUUAAGCAGCCCGUGAGCUUGAGUUAGUAAAACUUGGACUCGGGAAAAUACUGGAUAUAUUCAGAGUUUUCACAGAAUAUAACAGGUUUCCAGCCGAUUUGAGUUAAUUUGCUUCAAUUUUGCUCAAAAUUUUGAUUGGAAGCAUCAAGUUAAUUUGAUCCUAUUACAAGUUGAGUCUCAACUGUUUCACGUCCAUUCCCUUAAACUUUUGAUUCCCCAACUCAACAGGUAGAUUUAACUGUAAUGGCUUUGUGUGAACUGCCCAACACUGAGUUACAACAGCGACGUUGUAGAAAAUCUACCACCAAAAUUAGUUCGACUGUUCCAAAUGAACGUUGCAGUUCCGAAGUGCUCGGUCUGGGAGUCCAGACCCGAGACCGAAACAAAACUCCCGUCGCGUCUGGGAAACGAUCAUGUGGCGGCCGCAGCACCAGAGGGCAACCGCACGCUGCCGCCGCAGAAGCCCGUCUCAUUCCACCUGCGUGACAGCUCAGAGGGCCCCCCCCCCCCCCACGUGUUUACGCUGGCGGAGAGCAGUGUUCAUGAGCCCCCAGACGCGUCCGUGCGGUGGUGGAACAGGACAUUUGUACCGAGCGGGGCGCCACCGGGCGUGUUGCGUUUGCGAACGCUGUAACGUUUCGGAGAUACGAGACGCCUCCUGAAAUUCAUCUGUCACCAAUUCAUCAAAAAAAAAAAUCAAGGUUCUGAAUUUAAGAGCUGUGUUUUAUUGUAGAAAUGACAUAACCUGCUGGAAAAGAAAUAGAUGUUGUAGGGACGGUAAUUCUAUAUUUAAUUUAUAUAAUUAAUUUAAUUCUUUGGAUAUGUUAUCACCAAAUGCCUGUCUUAUGCUACUUUGAAAAAACAAACAAUCAAUGAAUGGACAAUGACCAUGAGGGAAGGAAACUGGUUUAUUAUUACUGAGAGCAAAGAGAAGUUUUUGCUCAAGAUACUGUAGAUCUAAAUAAAUAGGAAAACGACCUUUUAAUAGUCACACGGGGGUGGGAACAUAAAGACUUGUGUCACUUUAAAACGCAUUUUAUAAAGCCUACGUGUUUAUAGCCGAUUGAGAGUCAACUUAAAACGCGCUUUUAACCUUAACCUUUCCGCCGAAGCCGAUGUUGGAGUUUCUUGUCAUAAUGUGCAUUGUGUAACUAUGUAAUAUCUUCUGUAAUUUUAUUUUUCUGCUAUGUUGUCCGCAGUGUUAGGCACUGCGCUGUGUGUAAAGUGCCACUGUGACUGACCAGUCGUCGUUGCUGUUAACAUGUGUAAAUACCUAUCAUUAAAUCGGCCUUGUUGAAUUGCCGGACGCACCCCGCUCUGUGUCUCUCGUUUCAUUUCCUCAUAUAACCUCACGGGGGCUCAAGUGCUGCGUAG